GUGAACGUUUCUCCACUUAGGAAAAUGCUGAUGAGCAGCCGUGGAUUUCCAAAACUUUUUAUCCCAAUACGAGGUGCAUUUCAAAUAAUCAAGGAGACAGACGGCAGCCGGAGCAGCACAACCCAUUUCUCUGUCUGAGAUAUUAAGAUGAGCGCAGACACAGUGGAACAGUCGGAGGCUCAAGCUGAACAGGCAGAGCAAAACGGGAUCGACUUCAAUCGACAAAUAAAGACAGAGGAUCUCCACGACUCAUCUCACUCAGGCUCCACCCUGAAGACAUGUCACCUGACACAAAGCUCUCCGAUGCCCGGAGGUCAGCUGUCUGGGGUAAGGCACUCUGACUGGGUUUCACAGAGCGGCAGUGAUGGAGGAAAUAUUCAGGAGCUCACCUCUCUCCACCCCAUGCAGCAGCUGGUUCUGAUGCCACCAUCUCACCUGUCAUCUCCCUCCUCCUUCCUGCUCUCCCAGAGCCCGACCAGCCACCAAGCUCUUCUGCAGCAGAACCUGCUGUCUCUUCCUGGCCAGAGUCAAGCUAGUCUCCUUCAGCAUCAGCCUGGACUGGCUCUGACUCCACAGGCUAUGAGUCGCUCUGGUCUGGCAGGACCGUCUAUGGAGAACCACAUGGACAUGUCCCACCUGCAGAUGCCCAAACACAUGUCAGUACCACCACAAGAAGAACCCAGUGAUCUGGAAGAACUGGAGCAGUUUGCCAAAGCGUUCAAACAAAGACGCAUCAAACUGGGCUUCACACAGGGAGAUGUGGGCCUCGCGAUGGGAAAACUGUACGGGAAUGAUUUCAGCCAGACUACAAUCUCUCGCUUCGAGGCUCUCAACCUCAGCUUCAAAAACAUGUGCAAGCUCAAACCUCUGCUGGAGAAAUGGCUGAGUGAUGCAGAGAACUCACCUUCUGACUCAAUGAGCAACCCUACCUCUCUGCCACCCCUGAUUGAGGGCUACGGACGCAAACGGAAAAAGAGGACAAGCAUUGAAACGAACAUCAAGCUGACUCUGGAGAAACGUUUCCUUGAUAACCCCAAGCCCAACUCUGAGGAGAUAACCCUGAUCUCAGAGCAGCUGUCCAUGGAGAAAGAGGUCGUUCGAGUCUGGUUCUGUAAUCGGCGUCAGAAGGAGAAGAGGAUCUACUGCCCGGUGGCUAGUUUAUCGGUCAAAUCACACAGCUACAACUCCAGAAUGGCCUCAGCAUCCAGAUCUUACAGCCCUCUGGCUUCAGGUGGAGUUUCAUCAAAUUCCUCUCCAAACAGUCUAAGCCGUGAAGCUUCUCCCAACAGUCUGUCUGCUGUCUCCGCCUCUUUAACGUCUCAGGUCAACCCAGCUUCUUAUAGCACACCGGGGUCCUGGUACCGUUGGAAUCCUGCUGCAUAUCAUCAUUGAAAAACAUGAACUGUAUCAUAUGAAGUUUUUGAAGAUUGAUUGAAGAUGUACACUGAAGAUAACGCAGUAACACAAGACCCCUGUGGUGAACAGGGUUACAGCUACAGGCUAAACCUUAGAUGGCUGUCUUGGACAAAACUGCAGCAAAAACAGAGGACUGCAACACACCACAAUACUGUCAACACUCCAGCUCACAGCCUCGAGCUGUUUGAUCUGUGUCCAUGUGACUCUUUACUCUGCAUAACCGAAAAACAAGCUCAUGAUAAAUAUCAGAAACACCGGUGGAGAUGUUCAAGCCUAAAUGCUUAUGGCUUGUCAAGAUUCAGACAACUUAUUUGAAUGUUGAAGGAUUUAAUAAGAAAAGCUGUUCAUGCUCAUAUUUUAUUUAGUGUUGUGUUUGUUAAUUCGAUGCAAUCCUACAUUGCAUACUGCUAGCCUGUCUAAAUAUGCAAUCCAAACAAAAGGAACCUUAUAUUAUUGAGCAGACAGGCAGACCUUUGAUUUGUUCAUUUUAGUUCUUUAAAUGAUAGAUCUGUUUUACAAUUUGGGUCCUAUUAUUGCGGUUUUGUCCAUCAUUCAUGACAACAUUGUACUCACCAAAGUACUAGUUCAUAUCUGGUAACACGCUCAGAUCGGACAGCUCGUUCAGAUUAUUAAAAUCACUUUUUUUGGUGGUAAAACCAAAAAAGUAGUAACCCUUCAAGGAGAAGAAGAAGAAUAUCGUGGAGACCAAGGAGUUUGUUUACAGUCUGAUCCUCUCAUGUCUGUUGACCUGUUGGACUUUAGAUCAUGGUUAUUAUCACAGAUAGAAAUGAAAGAUGAUUGAUAAAACUACAAAGACAAAACCCAAUAUGUAAUACACUGUAAUCAUAACAUUCUUUAGAGGCCCGGAACACACCAUGUUCUGACAAAGUACACCUGUUUUUGGUUAUUUCGUCCCCCCCCCCCCUCACCUGGUUUGAAGUGGGUGUAGCUUAACUGGAAAAAAGGUGACAUCACAGAUUUCAGAGCACCAAUCAGAGUUCAGCACAGCUGUGAGGUUGUUUGCUGUCAUUCAAAUUUUAUCACAACCGCAGUCCUGAUGAAGCAGAUUAGCUUUUGUUUUGUUUUUUUACUGUUAAAUUCUUACUAAAUAAGAAUAUGUCUUUCUUUUCUGAACUUAAACUUUGAUUGUUGCUGAUUUAGUCAUUCAUUUGUAGAACUACUCAAGGUUUCAAACCUUGUUUUCAGAUGCUUUCAGCAAACUUUGAGUGAACCCCGGCCUCAGUUUAUGGGCUUCCAACAAACUAGUUUGCAUGAUUUGUCGUGAGUCCAAACUGUUUAUAGAUGUUCUCAAUGGUCACACACAAAGGCUGCACGCCACUGCUUUUCAACUCUGUAUCGUCUGACUCUGUAGUUUUGCUGUAUUGAACAGUAGGUGCACACUUUGGGACAGUAUCUCCUAGAAGGUCAAGGUACUGCACUCAUUUGUAUGCACAAAAAAACGGUGAUGGAAAACCUGAGAGAGGUUUAUGCCCCAUUCACACAUACAAACACCACAGGAGCUUGAACCUCAAACCUUCUCCAGCCUUGAGUUUGAAGUCCUCCUGCUGACACAACGAAUCAAACUUGUAUUGACAACCUCGAGAAAUGUAAGCUGUUUUUUAUUUUUAUUACAACUAUGUAAAAGCACUUAAAACAAAUGGGAGGAAAGGCCAGUCAACAGCUUCCCAAGUCAGUCAUGAUAUAACUUUGACAAGCUACCAUGACUUGAAAAAGAAAAAUGAAAUGCAAUAAAAUAAAAUGCUUCACCAUGUGCCAGUAUAGUGGCGCUUUAACGGGGAAGACACACACACAAGCUUCAUUCUCAAGAGAGGAAAGCCUGCUGCUUUGUGUCUGUAUGUGUGAACAGUGCUAAGUUUAAACCUGGUCUGCUUUUACACCUUUCACACACCUGGCCAAUCACUGCAGUAAGCGUCCAUAACAGUUACAAAAACUGUCAAAUGUAGCUCUGCUGUUCAGUGGUUUCAGACUCAUAUGAAACAUACUGAGGCCUUUAGUCAAAGAAUGCUGUAAAAUAUCUCCUGGCUUGGUUAGAUUCUGGUUCAACUUUGUUAUAAACUGUAUCAUAAAUGUUAUUUGGCAGUUGUAGUUCAUUUAUGUUGGGUGACCUGCUGGGAUGUGUUUUCAUUGACUCUGCAUCUCAGUUUAGAGAGUCAUUCCCGUCAGCUUUACUAUUACCUGCAGCGACCAUCUGGCAAUAUUGUCCUAAACCAGCCACGUGCUGUACUUUUCAGCAAACUUAGAGAGUUUGGCGAAUUUGUUGUUGAUAUAUUUCCAGCUGCGUAUUAAUACACACACUGUGCUCUAGUGAGUAUUAAAAGCAGCAGAACGAUGUGACUGUGGGAUCAGAAUAUGUCAGCUUUAUGGCACAGGAGUAUGAGAUAAAUAAUGCAGAUGUGAGAAGAUGUUGACCUCUGUUCACUUUGGUUUCCUGCUGUAGGUUUUUGUUCUGUAAAAAUACCUUUUAGACUUCAAGUCGAGGUCUGACUACUCGUUUGUUUGGUUGUUGUUUUUAAAUUAAUUUCUGUUUUUGAGUGUCUAAUGUAUAUUUUAUUAUAUUUUGUUUUAUUUUAUUUUAGAGAAAUGUUUUGCAGUGGUACAAAACUCUGAGCUACGUAACUCAUCCAUGAAACAAUUAUGUUAUAUAAUAUUAGAGUAGGUACUUUUUAAAAUAAGUAGGAAGUGAAAACCGUGCCAUGCGAAUUUCUGAGUCUCAGAGAAUCUUUUAUCUUAAUCACUUUACCACUAACUCCAGGGACUCUUAUCAACUUUUAUUUACAGUCAUUAAAAAAAACACUGUUAUUGUACGUUGUAUGUCAUUGAUUUGGCCUUCUUUCUUUUUAAUGAUGCAAAGAGUAAAUUCCAGUGCUGAUGGCUCCAUAUUGGCAAGUUUCCUCCAGCAUGAAUGUCUCACAUAAGACAAUAGGAAAAGAAAAAGGAUGCUCCUUGCUUUAAAAUGUAUACAUAAUUCAACUGGUUCACUCUAUUAAUGUUCCUUUUGCACCUACAGAGCCUCCACCAACCUCCUAAAGAUCUGUGCAUUCAGAGGUCAAAGUUCAGUGAACUUUGAAUGUAAAACCUGGCAGACAAUCUAAAGUUAUUUUCAGACAGUGAAUACUUUACAUUGCUGACUCUAUCUGUUGAGUUGAUGGGGUGUUUUGUAACUCAGUCACGUAAAUGUUCCUUCAGACUUUAUUCAGACAUGAUGGGACUGAACUAAAGAGGCACAAUGCCUACUUGAAAGGGAGCAGUGUAUUAAGAUUUAAUAGAUUGUUUAAUAAGAAUAAAUAUAAUGUGGUUGUAAAUACAGAAUUUUGUUUAAUAUUACUUUUUCCUAUUAAGAUGUUAUAUUAUUGCCACCAUGUUUUACUAUAUACAUUACCUGUUCAUACACCAGCCUUUACAUAAUGACACAUUUUAGUGUGAUAAAACCCAAAGUUUAUAAACUUCAUAUCAAUACUAAAUAUGGGCAAGAGUUUAAGUGCUUUACAUCAGAGAUUUUUGCUGCCUAUUUUAUGCCUCUCAUUCACAGACCAAUGGUAACGAGCCAGCAAGCGAGGCGCCAUGCAAGGUGAAAUUUGGGGUUCAGUGUCUUACCCGAGGGCACUUCAACAUGUGGAGCUGGGAAUCAAACUGCCAACCAUGAGAUUAGUAAACAACCUGCUAUACCUCACAAGCCACAACUGCCACAGUUUCUGUACAGCGUUUUGCUGGAUAUUUAUCCGUCCAUCCAUUCAAUCCAUGAAAGGAGCUCAGAUAUUUUAAUGUCUUUUAAACCAGCAUGAGAAUAGUCUCCUCAACAGUUUAAAAUGGGAUCAAAAAUGUUGCAC